UCAACGCUUACCAUACAACAGGCCGUAAAAAAUAAUCGCUCUCUUCUUUUGACGUCUUGCUGCUUGAGAAGAUAUCUGUUCUGCGAUUCAGAGCUUCUCCAUUUCUGAAGGUAUCUCGCUCAUCUGUGCUGCGAUUCAGAGCCGGAGGGCACACUCCAAUUUCAAGUACCACCGGAAACACCAAACACCUCUUGCAAUUUCCAUGGAAGAUUUAUUCUUUUACUUCUUCUGGCUUCCACACUCCGAUCCACAUUCAGAUUGGCGAUUGUUGCUGCAAUUGAAGAGAUGGACAAGCAUCUUCUGCCUGUCACAGCCGCAAUAGAAGGGAAAAUCUCUCUCGCAGUUCGAAGCCAUCAGUGCCUCAUACCUCAGGCCUCGAUAUAGCUCCCACAAAGAGCAAUCGAUUCCAUGAUGUUUGGUCAAUUAUUGUAAGGAAUUUAAAAUGAUGAACCCUAAUUUUUUUGCGUUUCUAUCGAAAAAUAAGAUUUUGAACUUGAUCAGGGACAUAUCUAAAAGUAUUGUUUGUUGGAGAUUCAUAAAAUCACCCUCGCAGUUCGAAGCCAUAGGUGCCUCACACCUCAGGCCUCGGUAUAGCACCCACAAAGAGCAAUCGGUCCUUUUCCCUGAGCUAAGCUUUUCCAUUUCAAACUUCUCCUUGCCAUUUUUAGUUACAGCUUGUGGUAUAUCAAAACAGUUUUACAUAUGAACUUAUUUUGUAGACUGAAAUGGCUCUCAGUUCAUACUUUGACAAGAAAUACCCUUGCACUAUGGCUCUCACUUGCCCCUGGUGUUCUCGGUUUGCUGCUCAUAUGCUUCUCAUUUCGAUGUUUUUGUUAAUCAUAAAAGUAGUGAUGUUAUCGUCUUAUUAUCAUGUUCUUUUGUAUGCAAACUGAUAUGGAUAGCAGUGAUGUAUGUCCGUUAUCACCAUACAUGGAAAAUGCAAUUGUAGCAAUAAUUUGUUAUUUGUUCACUACUUUCCCGCAGUCUGUGCAAGGAUAUCAGGAAGAGCCCAAAAAAUGAUAGGUAUUUGAGAUUCUACAUUUAUGAUGAUGACACGGCAUCUUGAAUUUUGUAGCAGAUCGCCAGGAACAAUGGCACCUACGGAAAAGUAUCUGAAAGAUGUUGUUCUGACCUUACCAAAGAGUACUGCUUUUGUGGUGAUGGUCAUCAGAAAAUGGAACGAGAAGUUUGGAUCGAAAAAUCCAACAACCAAAUCCAUUGAAAUGAUUUUCAUGGAUGAAAAGAGUACGACAAUUCAAGCGACGAUUCCAAUUGAACUUAUUCGUAAAUUCGAAUAUGUUCAAGAAGGAUUAAUUUAUGCUAUCGCGCACCCAGAUGUGAAGAAUAACGAAGGAAGAUAUAGGGUCACUGGCCAUCCAUACCGCUUUGAGUUUACUCCAUUCACCAAAUUUCUGCAUCGAGAACAAACAACCGGUCUUAGUUUUCCACCAUCUAGGUUCAGAAUUUCUAGCUUCACGGAUAUUCAGAACCCAGAAAGCAGUCAAGAUCCCUAUUUGAUAGAUAUUAUUGGUGCUUAUGAUCUGGAUCAAACUUUUAUACCGCAAAAAUCCAAAAAAGGUGAUUGGUAUGCUGAUUUCCGCCUGAAACACUUGGAGGGCGAGAGUGUGUUAUGUACUGUCUACGGUGAUUAUGUCCUUCAAGUCAAGAAUUUUUUGUCUCCUACUUCAAAAGAUGCUGCUUUAAAAGAUCCAGUUAUAUUUCUUCUCUAGUCGUGCCGCAGAAACCAAAGAUAUGGGGAUAAGAUUGGAAUUGCUUCCUCAUGGUAUGCUACAAAGUUUUUUUUGGAUGAUCAUAUUCCAGAUAUUGAGGAUUUCCGCUACCGGUAUUUGGCUUCAAGGCAAACCACCAAGUGUACUUCAAGCCAGACAACUUCAUCUUGCGUUUCUCCGAGAGAUGGCGGUACUGAUGUCGGGUUUACUAUGUCACUUUCUGAUUUAGAGACAGCUAAAGAGGUUAAGGGUUGCUGGUUUUACGCUCAAAUUAGUUCAAUUCUCUCCCUAAAGAAUUGGGCUUAUUUGGGAUGCAAUGCCAAGACUUGCCUUAAGAAGUUGAAAUAUGAGGGAGCGUCACUCUACUGCUACAACUGUCGAGAGGUGAAACAGGCAGGUGUUUGGAGAUACAUGCUGAAAUUGAGUGUCAGACAUGGUCACCGUUUUGCUGAAGUAGUCAUGUGGGAUGAGGUGUCAUGUAAGCUAAUCGGGAAAGCAACAAAUGAACUAGAUGACUGUCUUAGCAUGGACACUUUAUCACCUUCUGAGGUUCCCAAUGACAUCUUGGAUGUCAUUGAUAGGUGAAACAGGCAGGUGCUUGCAGAUACAUGCUGAAAUUGAGUGUCAGACAUGGUCACCGUUUUGCUGAAGUAGUCAUGUGGGAUGAGUUGUCAUGUAAGCUAAUCGGUAAAGCAGCAAAUGAACUAAAUGACUGUCUUAGCAUGGACACUUUAUCACCUUCUGAGGUUCCCAAUUACAUCUUGGAUCUCAUUGAUAGAGAAUUGAUCUUCAAAAUUGGGAACUGCAGAAACAAUAGCAUGACGGCUCAAAAAGAGUAUACGAUAACUGCGUUUUCUGAAAAUGCAGAAAAAAUUAAAGUGCUUAAGGAGGCUGCUAAUGAUGACGUUGUCGAGGAACAAUGGCACCUACGGAAAAGUAUCUGAAAGAUGUUGUUCUGACCUUACCAAAGGGUACUGCUUUUAUGGUGAUGGUCAUCAGAAAAUGGAAUGAGAAGUUUGGAUCGAAAAAUCCAACAACCAAAUCCGUUGAAAUGAUUUUCAUGGAUGAAAAGAGUACGACAAUUCAAGCGACGAUUCCAAUUGAACUUAUUCGUAAAUUCGAAUAUGUUCAAGAAGGAUUAAUUUAUGCUAUCGCGCACCCAGAUGUGAAGAAUAACGAAGGAAGAUAUAGGGUCACUGGCCAUCCAUACCGCUUUGAGUUUACUCCAUUAACCAAAUUUCUGCAUCGAGAACAAACAAUCGGUCUUAGUUUUCCACCAUCUAGGUUCAGAAUUUCUAGCUUCACGGAUAUUCAGAACCCAGAAAGCAGUCAAGAUCCCUAUUUGAUAGAUAUUGUUAAUCUGCACCUGAAAUUUACUUAAAGGCACUAUAGUUGAUAUUGUUAAAUCAAUCAAAUGAUCUGGAUCAAACUUUUAUACAGCAAAAAACCAAAAAAUAUGAUUGGUAUGCUGAUUUCCGCCUGAAAAACUUGGAGGGCGAGAGUGUGUUAUGUACUGUCUACUGUGAUUAUGUCCUACAAGUCGAGAAUUUUUUGUCUCCUACUUCAAAAGAUGCUGCUUUAAAAGAUCCAGUUAUAUUUCUUCUCCAGUCGUGCCGCAGAAACCAAAGAUAUGGGGAUAAGAUUGGAAUUGCUUCCUCAUGGUAUGCUACAAAUUUAUUUUUGGAUGAUCAUAUUCCAGAUAUUGAGGAUUUCCGCUACCGGGUUGCUGGUUUUAUGCUCAAAUUAGUUCAAUUCUCUCCUUAAAGAAUUGGGCUUAUUUGGGAUGCAAUGCCAAGACUUGCCUUAAGAAGUUGAAAUAUGAGGGAGCGUCACUCUACUGCUACAACUGUCGAGAGGUGAAACAAGCAGGUGUUUGGAGAUACAUGCUGAAAUUGAGUGUCAGACAUGGUCACCGUUUUGCUGAAGUAGUCAUGUGGGAUGAGGUGUCAUGUAAGCUAAUCGGGAAAGCAACAAAUGAACUAGAUGACUGUCUUAGCAUGGACAGUUUAUCACCUUCUGAGGUUCCCAGUGACAUCUUGGAUCUCAUUGAUAGGUGAAACAGGCAGGUGUUUGGAGAUACAUGAUGAAAUUGAGUGUCAGACAUGGUCACCGUUUUGCUGAAGUAGUCAUGUGGGAUGAUGUGUCAUGACACUUUAUCACCUUCUGAGGUUCCCAAUGACAUCUUGGAUCUCAUUGAUAGAGAAUUGAUCUUCAAAAUUGGGAACUGCAGAAACAAUAGCAUGACGGCUCAAAAGGAGUAUACGAUAACUGCGUUUUCUGAAAAUGCAGAAAAAAUUAAAGUGCUUAAGGAGGCUACUAAUGAUGACGUUGUCGAGAUACUAAAAUUAGUAAUCUUAAGAAAAUUAAUUUGAGCAAACUGAAAACAGAUAUUAUUGAUUGUUGUUGGCAAAAUAAGUUCUGCUAUAUUAUUCAAUAUAUUUCAAACUAGCGUUUUCA